AUAGCAUUUUGUUACACUAUAAGAAGAUAAUUGAUUACCGUAUCACAUUUUAUUUUAUGUAAUAUAAAUUAUAUUCCUAAAUACAAAUGCGGUGCAAUUAUUGCAAGACUCCUUAUGAGCGCGUCUCAUAUAAUAUUGGUACAAAUGCCGUGGGAGUUCUGACUAAAGAAGGCAUAGUUUUUGCAGUCGAAAAAGGUGUGAGUAUUCCGGACUUCUCAGCUAAAAGCAACAAAGUUUGGAAAAUAGAUAAAUUCCUUAUGUGCGCUGCGAGUGGACCAUACGUUGAGAUUCCUAAGGUGGUUGAGUAUGCCUGUUCCCAGUACGAUUGCACUGAACCCAAUCGUUGUUUCGCUAGGAAUUUGUACUUUCACGGUUUAGUAGAAAAAAGCAAUGUUUCUCUGCUGUUAGCUGGUUUAACUGUAGGAAUUAAAUCUGAUUUCUGGUGUGUUACUAAAAACGGUGCUUCAAAAUGCGACACAUAUUUUGCAAUUGGACCAAGAGCAGAGUGUGCUAACAAAUUCUUAAAGAAAAACUACAAAAAAAAUUUAACAUUAGACAAGGGUCUCGAUCUAGCUCUGCUAACAAUGCAAGAAACAUUGGGAAAUAUGUUCAACUCCUACAAUGUUGAGUUAGCACAGUUCACAAAAUGUGAUCUGAUUAACGUUCAGAGUCAUAUGGACAUUGAACGCCUUCUUAAGAAAUGAAAAACUAAUUAAAUUAUUAAUUACGAAAGGUUGGGGAAAAAUUCUUAAA